GAUGAAUUAACGCACUCAUUCCUACAGCUCGUGGCUCCGCUGUAGAGCAACAUUGUCCUAUGAUUAAUCCCUAAGCUCCGUGCAAGUUGAGUAUGCUUUGAUGGGACACGACCAUCUCUUUUACCAGAAAAACCUGUUUUGUUCAACCUCCAAUUGUUUGACUGACUGAGAAGCACUCUAAUUCCAGAUCUCUUUAUCCCUCUAAUUCAAACACGCCGCCAACCCGUUCAUCUGAACUCCUCUUUGAAUUUUGAGUUCAGAGACAGUAGUUGAAUUCUGGGAACACUGAAGCAGUGUCGUCUGAACCAACAAUGGCGGCUGGAACAAGCAGGAAAAUAUCAGCAGCCUCUGCGCGGGCUCAUACCCGGAAACCGAAGUCGAAGGCUCCUUCAAAGUUUGUAGGGAUUUUCAAGAAACUUCUGUUGAUCUGCUUUGUGGGGUUUCUUGCUUGGGCGUAUCAGGCAACACGGUCUCCUCCCCCGAAAAGAUGUGGCUCCACAGAUGGGCCUCCAAUUACAGCACCCAGAGUACAGCUCAAGGAUGGGAGAUACUUGGCUUACAAAGAAUAUGGUGUCCCAAAGGAUAAAGCAAAGCACAAAAUCGUGUUUGUCCAUGGGUUCGGUUGUUGCAGGCACGACAUUACUUCUCUAACCGCAUCUCUGUCCCCGGAUAUUGUUGAAAGUAAAGGAAUCUACAUUGUUUCAUUUGACAGACCUGGUUAUGGAGAGAGUGAUCCUGACCCAACCCCAUCAUUUCAAAACAUAGCUUUUGAUAUUGAGGAGCUCGCUGAUCAGUUAGAAUUAGGAUCCAAAUUUUAUGUCAUCGGCUUUUCCAUGGGUGGGCAGAUUGUUUGGAGCUGCCUCAAGUACAUCCCUCACAGGUUGGCAGGAGCAGCUUUGUUAGCACCAGUGGUGAACUAUUGGUGGCCUGGUUUACCUUCAAACUUGUCAACAGAAGCGUUUAAGCAGCAACUUCCACAGGACCAAUGGGCCCUUAGUGUUGCUCAUCAUGUGCCAUGGCUUAACUACUGGUGGAACACCCAAAAGCUAUUUCCUGGUUUAAGUCUUCUCUCCGGCAACCCCCGAGUUCUUUCUCAACGAGACGCAGAAUUUAGAUCGAAAGUUCUUUCUUUACGAGAGGGGCAUCUGGCACAGGUAACACAACAAGGUUUUCAUGCAAUUUACCGCGAUCUUGCAAUUGGCUUUGGGACAUGGGAAUUCGACCCCACUGAUCUGAAAAAUCCAUUUCCAGAAAGUGAACGUCCCAACAUUCAUUUAUGGCAGGGGGAUGACGACCGGCUUGUCCCUGUUGAACUUCAGCGUUACAUUGUCCGUCAGUUUUCUUGGAUUCAUUAUCACGAGUUACCCAGUGCCGGUCAUUACUUUCCAUAUUAUGAUGAAGUACCAGACUCAAUCAUACAAGCACUUUUACCUUGAAAGAAAAGACCUUUUGUUCGUCAUUUGUAUCAUCAUACCAGGUUCGUGUAUUUCUCUGUGUCGAGAUAGAGUCUCACAUAGUGUUUCUAUCUUAUUCUGGCAACAGUUUGGUGUUAGGACAUGCUAUAUAUUUUCAUUUGAUUGCAACAGUUAUGUAUUGUGAUUUCUAUUUGCCGGGAGGGCGACCUGUACACGCCAUUUAUACUGGUGAAUAUUUCGUUGUCUUUCCAUAUUUAAUGAUUGAUGCCUGAACUUCAAGAAUUCAAA